UAAUAUCCCCUCUCUCUUCACCUCUGGCAUUUGUAUCCUUUUCCCAUUUUUUUCUUGUUCCAUUAUAAAAGAAAAGUCCUAAACAUUUUGAUUCUAUCAUCUUUAAAUCUCAACCAGGGAUUGUUUUUAUUAUAAGUAACUUAUCAAAUGUUUGGCUUUUUGGGUUUUUAAAGCAGGCAAAAGGGACCUAUUUUUUUCUCGUCACAGCAAAAAAAGGCGAAUCGUCUUCGAGAUUGUAAUCAGAAAAAGAAGGGCAAAGAUUGAAUGAAAACCUUGGUCAUUUCAUGUGGGGAAAAAUGUGGAGCUAUGGUUAUCUUUUGAGCAGGGUCUCAUUGUGAUUCAUUCAUAAUGAAUGGAAUUUAGGAAGAAGAGGUUUUCUAUUGUCCAUUAGGAUAAGCUGAGAGGAAGGGGGAGUUUCAAUUACUGGAUAAGAUGGAGGGACAAGCAGUACAGCCGGACACCACCUUAAAGAGGAUGACGAAACAAUUGACAGGGAAACGAGACGAUACUGCAUUGCACUCUGCAGCUCGUGCAGGAAAUAUUGUUGCCAUAAGGGAAAUCAUCAAUGGCACGAGAGAGGAAGCCUUGACAGAGCUGUUGUCGAAACAAAAUUCAGCUGGAGAAACUGCCUUGUACGUCGCUGCUGAAUACGGUUACUUUGAAUUGGUGAGGGAAAUGAUCGAGUUCUAUGACCUCGCGGCAGCUGGAAUCAAAGCGAGGAAUGGCUUUGACGCACUUCACAUUGCUGCCAAACAAGGGGAUUUGAAAGUGGUGAAGGCAUUGAUGGAAGCACAUCCGGAGCUGUCCAUGACCGUUGAUGUUGCCAACACCACGGCUUUGCAUUCCGCGGGGACUCAAGGCCACAUAGACGUCGUGAAUUAUCUCUUGGAAUCUGAAACCAGCAUUGCUACCAUAGCUAAAAGUAAUGGGAAAACAGUCUUGCAUUCUGCUGCAAGAAAUGGACAUUCACAAGUUCUUAGAGCCCUCUUGAGUAAGGAGCCCGGGAUUGCAACUCGAACAGAUAAAAAGGGGCAGACCGCGCUUCACAUGGCCGCGAAAGGACAAAAUCUCGAGGUUGUAGAGGGACUUGUUAAAGCAGAUCCGAUGUCAAUUAACAUGGUUGACAACAAGGGAAACACCGCAUUGCACAUAGCCACCCGGAAAGGGAGAUCACAAAUUGUGAAGAUGCUGCUGGGACAGAGCGAAACCGAUACAAAAGCUGUUAACCGGUCUAAUGAAACUGCCGUUGACACUGCAGAGAAAAUGGGGAAUGCCGAUAUUGCCGCCAUCCUGAAGGAACACGGUGUUCAGAGCGCCAAGACGAUAAAGCCACAGACAAGUCCAGCUCGAGAGCUGAAGCAAACUGUGAGCGAUAUAAAGCACGAAGUUCACUAUCAACUAGAACACACGCGUCAAACUAGAAAACGCGUGCAAGGUAUAGCCAAACGCCUCAACAAAAUGCAUACCGAGGGGCUCAACAAUGCCAUCAACUCGACUACGGUUGUGGCUGUACUCAUUGCGACCGUAGCAUUUGCAGCUAUAUUCACUGUUCCCGGCCAAUAUGUCGAUGACCCUAAUAAUAUUCCUCCGGGUCUUUCCCUUGGGGAAGCAAAUAUCGCUCCAAAACUAUCGUUUCAGAUUUUCUUUAUCUUCGACUCAGUUGCCCUGUUCAUUUCUCUAGCGGUAGUCGUGGUGCAGACCUCAGUUGUAGUAAUAGAAAGCAAGGCGAAGAAGCAGAUGAUGGCAAUUAUAAACAAGUUGAUGUGGUUGGCUUGUGUGCUUAUUUCGGUCGCAUUCUUGGCAUUGUCUUUUGUCGUCGUUGGAAAGCACGACCAGUGGCUCGCAAUUGGAGUGACGAUUAUAGGAACCAUAAUAAUGGCAACAACUAUAGGCACAAUGUGUUACUGGGUGAUUAUGCAUCGGAUAGAGUCGUCGAAUAAGAAGAGCUUACGGAAGAACUCUACGCAGGCCAGCAGAGACCCCUGUUCGCCGAAAUCUUUACUUUCAGACUGGGANACAUUUACGCAAUUUGAAAGCUUUUCUUGAGCAUAUCCAAAAAUCAAUGGCAGCUAUAUAUCUCUCCUCAAGUUAGGUUACACACUAAACUUUUAUGUCCUUUUUAUGCCGAAUUACCAUCUUGAUGGAUAUCAUUUGGCAUUAGGACAACGAAAUUACUUGUAAUAUAGGACUUUUUCGCAAGUCUCUACGUAUGGCAACUGAGGAGUUAUCGACCUGUUA